AUGAAAACUACUUUAACAAAUCUAUGAAGAAUUUACAAAAGUAUGACAGUACACACUCUAUUACUUUGAUCAUUUCUUUAACCGUUUGAAUUUGAAAAGUGCUUGUGUAAUUAGUUAGGGAAAAUUAGAAGAAAUUGAUAUGAAUAGUUCUAGCGAUUUAAGUCAAAUUUUGGAUAUUUCCCGAAUUUCUCGUUUAAAUUGCAGUCGAAUAUUUGGUAGAGUAGAUUCAUUGCAAAAUUUAUUUGAACAACAAUGUAAUUUGAGUUAUAAUACAAGCAAAAAUAUUCAGGAAUCUAACCAUUUAGAGAAAACAAUAAAGUGUCUUGCUUCAUGCGAAGAUAGUAUAGCAGAACAUGUAAAAAAUAAAUUAAUUUUGGAAUGUAUAAAAGAGACAUUAAUAAAUGUAAAAGGAACAUUGUCUGAUGAUGUUGUUGUCAAAUUGAAAAGAUUACUUUUGAUCCAUGAACUUAAUAUAUACAUGCAUUUGCCAUCUACAUCAAAAAAUAUGCAAGAAGAAUUAAAUAUUUUGGGAAUUACAGAUUUACCAAAAUAUGAUUUUAGUUAUGAAGAAAUAUCAGACAUUAAAUGUUAUGUGGAAACAUUGCUACGAGAAAAAAUACAUGAAUUGAUAUUAAGGUAUGAACAAUUGGGAGGAAAUAUGAAGGAAAUUCUAAGAUUGAUUGAUUUCAAUAUGCGUAAAAAGAUACUUGAGUCUGAUGAAAUACAAAUAUUCCAAUGGAAAGAUAAAAUUGAAGAAUUGUGUAGUCAAUAUGAAGCAGAUAUUAUGAAAUGCAAGACUUUAAUGAAUAAAUGGAAUAUUUUAAAAUAUAAGGACGUAAGUAAAAUUUACUUAGAGAAAGCAGAACACAUAUUAUUGCAAGCACAAGUUGCAGAAGUACAAGCAAAGAUUACAAAGUUAUCAUGUAUUAUAAAAAUGUAUAAGGAAACCCCAGUAACAAUUGAUGCAUACAGAAUAUUGAAUACAACCUUAGAUAAAAAAUUAUUUGCAACUUUGGAUGAAAUUAAAGAAAAGAAAAACUUGAAAAAGCAAUAUGAAGAGUUACAAAAUACAGAAUAUAGUGAAGUCCUAAAAACUUAUCUACAUUUUUGCAAAGCUAUUGAGAAAAAAAAACAAAUAUUGGAAAAACUUUGAAUUACUUGUCCAAAAAUAAAUUAAUUCUU